GGCGAUGAAAUUGGCAGUUUCCCCCAACAGCGCAAUUGUGGUGGGGGUUAUAGGGCUAUGGAAGGGGCAAUUUCGUAUUGGUGACGAUUCAUGGCUGCGCAAGGUGUAUAAUGAUGAUAUAUUCACGAUGAUGAACCUGGUCUUGUCGUUGGCAAAGGGGGAAUCUCAGGUUCUGUGGACAAAAGAUGGAGGUGUUCACGUUUUGAUAGUAAGAUGACGAAGAACCUGUGCGCCAACCCCUGCUCCUCUUUCGACCUGCAGUGGUAGUUGUUGGCUUGCAAAGGUCUCACGGCCGCUCUUCUACUGUGGCUCGCUUGUUUUUUCAGUUAUAGCGCCUGACCGGCUGCCACUCUCACGCACACACAGAGAGAGAAAGAGAGAGAGAGAGAGAGAGAGAGUUCUCUCUUGGUUAUUUUCAUCGUUCGUUGCGUUAGUUGAGCCGGCCGUGAGUCUUACCCUACUCCAGCAACAAAGCGUCUCCUCGUAUUCCUCCUCUAAUUGCUCCUCUUCCACCUCCACCUCCAUUCCUUCUCUCCUGCUCUCCUCUUCGUCCUUUGCCUCCUGCUCUGUUUAUAUAGCGACCAUGUACAGCCGGAGUUCCUAUCUGUUUGUCCCGUUGCCGGCGCCCUCUUUCUCUCCUCUCUCUCUCUCUCUCUCUUCCCUCUCCUCUCUCUCUCUCUUCAAACUCUGUUCUCUCGCUUUCUCUUGCCUUGCUUUGUACAAAUCCUUUUCAUUGAGCUCUUGACUCGAGCUCGUUCUUCCUGUCUUCCAAUUGAUGUGCGGCUGGCUAUUCGCUUCGUUCCUCGGUAGGCUAGGCUUUGCUCUGUUCAAUAAUCGACUGUUUGUUUCCUCUGUAGUUUCAACAAGAGAGGCUGAGUGUUCGCCUCUUUUUCCACGGUUAAUGAUGUAUAUCUGAUAGAAUGCGUGUCCUUUGCGCAAGUACCCUUGGCCCGUUCCGUCCCUCUUGUUCGUUGCUGCGUGUUUGCAUCAGGUCGUCGUCGUUUUCCUCGUAAAUGUGGUGGAUAUGGUGAUUGUCGUGAGGAGAAAAGUGAUGGCGUUCUUGAACGAAGAACGGCAUUGUUAUUAUUUGCUCAUGCACUUUUGGGAUUCGUCGUAUUUGUGUGUGUCUGUGUGUGUGUGUGUGUGUGUGUGUGUGAGAGAGAGAGAGAGAGAGAGAGAGAGAGAGAGAGAGAGAGAGAGAGAGAAGGCAGGAGGAGGGAGAAGCGAGAGAACACGGCCAGAGUCGUGGUGGAAAGAGGAGUGACGGACUUGCUACUUUGGGAAAGAUAGUGAGGGGGGGCUUCUCUUCGCCCUGACCUUUUUAGGCAAGAAAGAAAUCGACAGAUACUUUACGAUGAAAAUCCGAAUUCUCUGCGAAGAGAUCAAUUGGAUUGAUCUGGGGAUCUCGGGAAAUGAACGUGUAUCUCAUUUGCUUCUGAACCAGUGGACUAAGCAACAAGCAACCGAUCAGAGGUUCUGAGUCCCCAGAAUGUGACGUGAAUGGGGAGCUGUUCGGCUGCAUGGUUAGUGGAAUAUUGUCUGACAGAGUCGUCGUUUGAGGGCACAGCAUGGUGAAUAAUGUCCCCCUCCCCUCCCCCUUUCCCCCUCCCUCUCCUCCACGGGGAAUCGGUGCCCUGCGGCCUAUUGGACAAAAAGGGAAGCUAUUUCCACCGCGGACGUCAUUGCGGAUCUGUGCUGUGCUGGGAAAGCCGCCUCUGGUGGGAAAAGCCGUGGAAAAAAAACGGGUGGCUGAUCUCAAUGACGAGCAAUCGGAUGGUGUGAAUUGUGAAUUGAGACCGGGACCGGGACGAGGCAACUGUUAUCGGCUGCGAAGCAGAGGAGGACACGUGGAAGAGGGAAGCCGAAGGGAGCAAAAAGGAGAGAGGAGAGAGGAGGAGGAGGAGGAGGAGGAGGAGGAGGAGGAGGAGAAUAGAUGAACAGCUCUAGGUUACGUAAUGGAUGCACGUGGCGACGACGAAGAGGGAAGAAGUGGAAGAGACAGGUGUAAGGAGGGAAUGGGGACGAGGAGGAAGAUUGUGAAGAAGGGAAGAUGACGAACAGUUUGAUGGUUAUAGACAUGAAUGAUGUCAGAUGCUGUGAUGAUGACACGUGGCGUUCAUCUGGCCUUGCAUUCGCCACUAUCUGGGAGGUCCUCUUUUGCCUAAUUGGUGGCCAAAGCCUCUGAUUCUCCCCUUCUGGGCGCGGGACGCCUCAACCUGGUACGGUACCGGGCCUUCCUCGCGCAGGAGGCCUGUUCCUGAUGUAGGAGUCGGUUAACGACACGUCAAUCACGCAGUCUGUCGGUAUGUUAUGGAAACUGAACCCGGCUUAUGCGUUCCCUCUACGCACAGCAUGCGGUUUUUCCAUAUUAGGACGGAUCAAUUGAUUGGUUGAUUGGUUGAUUGAUUGGUUGGUUGAUUGAUGGAUUGGUUGAUUGAUUGGUUGAUUGAUUGAUUGAUUGAUUGAUUGAUUGAUUGGUUGACUGGUUGAUUGGUUGAUUGGUUGAUUGAUUGAUUGAUUGAUUGAUUGAUUGGUUGAAAAGCGUUACGCGAAUGGAUAUGGGCUGCGUUUCUGGUUGUGGGAUAGAGACGAUCGAACGUCUCUGCGAUGACGACGGUUGGUUGUACUGUCCGCAGGCCGAUGGGUGGUGAACGGAUUGAUUGACAGAUUUAUGAGGGUCCUGAUUUUAUGACGGGUAUGAUUUUGGAUGAAUGGCAGUGAUUGGUCAAUCUAUAUGAAUAGUCGAGCCACUAAUGGUUUAAUUCGACUCAAGUGGUUGAUUGAUUGAUUGAUUGGGUGAGUGUGUGAGUCAUGUGAUUAGAAACUAUGGGGCGUGUCGGGUGGCUGGCUCUUCGUUUCGAUUGAUUGAUCGAUAGAUUGAUUGAUUGAUUGAUUGAUUGAUUGAUUGAUUGGUCUUCGAAGGAUAUAUGACAUCCGGCUGAAGGCGUACUGUGGCUAGGAGCGGGAUGUGAGAUAAUGCUGGCUGUGAAGUGGUUCAGUAGAGUAGGAGAGGACGCUUUAAAGAUAGACGGGGUGGGUACUGAUUGAUAGAUUGGGUGAUCGCCUUGCCUAGCUGAUCCUGUUGAGUGGUUGGUUAUUUGCCUCGUAGUACUGCAAUCCACAAUGAUAAUGAUGAUGUCGAUGGUCAUGAUGAUGAUGAUGAUGAUCAUGAUGAUGAUGACGGUGACGGUGACAAUGAUGGCGGUGAUGAUGGUGAUGGUGAAGGCGAGGAGUGUAAGUAGUAGCAUUGACCGUGUGUUUCGGUCCGUAGUCUGUACACAACAUAGGGGGGCGCCGGCUUUGCUGAACAGGAUGGCGAUGGAGUUAACUCUCUUGCGGCCUGUCUUUUAUUCGCAAGCUCCAUCGAAUAACUGCAUGUUUUCUUCUCUUAUCUUCUCAGAAUUGAAUUCCCAUUUCAGACG